AUGCAAAGAUUAUUCAACGCAAAAACUUUAACUACCACUGGUAGCUUGUUGUUAAACAAGUCUAUCACCACCACCUCCAUCACUUCAUUCAAGCCAGUUGCCAGCUCGUUUUCACGUUACUACUCGAGUGUUGGUGGCUACGAGAGUGUAUUCACUGCCUUGGAUACCUUCCCAAGACGUCAUAUUGGUCCAAACGAAGAUGAAGUCAAAUCAAUGUUGGCCAAGAUCACCACCUCUAAGCAAUCCUCUCAAAAGGUCGAGUCAUUGGAUCAACUCAUCGACUUUACCAUCCCCAAGUCUAUCCGUCUCAAUCGUACACUCGACAUUGAUGGUAAUCAUGUCAAGGGUGAACAUCAAUUAUUACAAGAACUUAAAGAAGUUGCUAAAAAGAACAAGAUUUUCAGAUCAUUUAUUGUACCAUUUGUAAUUCAAAGAAACAUUUUGGAGAAUCCAGGAUGGUACACCCCAUACACUCCAUAUCAAGCCGAAAUUUCACAAGGACGUCUCGAAUCACUUUUGAACUUCCAAACGAUGGUUGGCGACAUGACUGGCUUGCCAAUGGCCAACGCAUCUUUGUUGGAUGAGGCCACCGCCGCCGCUGAAGCCGUGUCAAUGUGCGUCAACAUCUCCAAGAACAAAAAGGCACUCGCCUUUUUGGUCGACAGCAAGUGUCACCCACAAACCAUCGACACUAUCCGUCUUCGUGCCGAGCCAAAGGGUAUCCGUAUCGAGGUUACCGACAGUGACAAGUUUGACUACUCUCGUGGCGACGUUGUCGGUGUGUUGGUGCAAUACCCAGCUACUGACGGUUCGCUCGUCGACUACCGUCACCUUGCCAAGAAGGCACAUGAACAUGAUGCUCUCGUCGUCUGUGCUACCGAUCUUCUCUCACUCGCUCUCUUGACACCACCAGGUGAAUGGGGUGCUGAUAUUGCACUUGGUAACUCGCAACGUUUUGGUGUGCCACUUGGAUUCGGUGGUCCACACGCCGCCUUUUUCUCCACCUCGCAAAAGUACUCGCGUCUCUUGCCCGGUCGUAUCAUUGGUGUGUCCAAGGACAGCGCCGGUUCACAGGCCUACCGUAUGGCUCUCCAAACACGUGAGCAACACAUCCGUCGUGAAAAGGCUACUUCCAACAUUUGCACUUCCCAAGCUCUCCUCGCCAAUAUGACUGCCAUGUACGCCGUCUACCACGGUCCACACGGUGUCAAGGCUAUUGCCAGCAACGUCCACAAAAAGACAGUCAUCCUCGCUGCCGGUCUCCAACGUCUCGGAUUCGAGAUUGCCAACCACCACUACUUUGACACCAUCAAGGUUGUAACUGGCGACCGUACCCAAGCUCUCCUCAAGGAGCUCGAGAACCGUUCGAUUAACGUCCGUCGUGUCUGCGCUCAAUCCAUCUCCAUCUCACUCGAUGAAACCGUCACAUUGCGUGACCUCCAACUCUUGUUUGAAGCAUUUGCCGCCGUCUCUAAAAAGACCGAAGCUAUCCUCUUUACACCAGAGUCACUCGAAAAGGAAUUGAUCACCAACAAAAAGGAGACUGCUAUCCCCGCACACCUUAUCCGUAAGACCGAGUUCCUCACCCAUCCCGUCUUUAACCGUUACCACAGCGAACACGAACUUCUCCGUUACAUCCACCGUCUCCAAAAGAAGGAUCUCGGUCUCACCACCGCUAUGAUUCCACUCGGCUCCUGCACCAUGAAGCUCAAUGCCACCGCCGAGAUGUACCCAGUCUCAUGGCCCGAAUUCAACUCGAUCCAUCCAUUCGUCCCAUCCGACCAAACCGUCGGAUACCGCGAGAUGUUUGACUCGAUCAGCCGUUCGCUUUGCGAGAUUACCGGCUUUGCUGCUGCAUCUCUCCAACCAAACGCUGGCUCCCAAGGAGAGUACGCCGGUCUCAUGGUCAUCCGUGAGUACCUCCGUUCGAUCAACCAAUCACACCGUGACAUUUGUCUCAUCCCCGUCUCUGCCCACGGCACCAACCCCGCCUCGGCUGUCAUGACUGGUAUGAAGGUAGUUGUUGUUGCAUGUGACCAGUUUGGUAAUGUUGACCAAGCCGAUCUCCGUGCCAAGGCCGAAAAGCACAAGGACAACCUCGCUGCACUCAUGAUCACCUACCCAUCGACCCACGGUGUCUUUGAGGAGGGUGCCAAGGAGAUGUGCGCCAUGAUCCACGGUUAUGGCGGUCAAGUCUAUAUGGACGGUGCCAACAUGAAUGCACAAGUCGGUCUCUGUCGUCCAGGUGAUAUCGGUGCCGAUGUCUGUCACUUGAACUUGCACAAGACCUUCUGUAUUCCACAUGGUGGUGGUGGUCCAGGUAUGGGCCCCAUUUGCGUCGCCUCGCAUCUCGCACCCUUCCUCCCCGUCCAUUCGGUCGUCAAGGAGCACGUCGGUGGCGAGCACGGCAUUGGCGCCGUCUCUGCUGCACCAUGGGGCAGCUCGUCGAUCCUCCCCAUCACAUAUGUAUACUUGCAACUUAUGAACGGUGUUGGCUUGAAGCGUGCCACCCAAGUUGCUAUCCUCAGCGCCAACUACAUGGCCGCCCGUCUCAAGGAUCACUACAAGAUCCUCUACACUGGCAGUCACGGACUCGUCGCCCACGAGUUUAUCAUUGAUCUCCGUCCCUUCAAGGAAACCGCCGGUAUUGAAGCCGAAGACGUUGCCAAGCGUCUCCAAGAUUACGGAUUCCACGGACCCACAAUGUCAUGGCCCGUCACCAACACACUCAUGAUUGAGCCAACAGAGUCAGAGUCCAAGUACGAACUCGACCGUCUCGUCGACGCACUCAUCUCAAUUCGUCAAGAAAUCGCCGACAUUGAAAGUGGAAAGGCUGACAAGCUCAACAACAUCCUCGUCCAUGCUCCACACACUGAAAAGGUUAUCACUAGCGACAAGUGGGACCGUCCAUACACCAGACAACAAGCUGCUUACCCAACCCAAGCUACCAGGGAAUCCAAAUUCUGGCCAUCCGUUGGUAGAGUAGAUAACGUAUUUGGUGAUAGAAAUUUGCAAUGUUCUUGUCCAGCUGUUUCCAGUUACCAAGAAUAA